GACAGUGAGCGAUAUACUGUAGAGAGAGAGAGUGAGCGUUCUACUUCUCAUAGAUGAGCAGCUGCUAGGCAGACACUGUCUUGAAAGCAGAGAGACAGUGAGAGAGACCAUUUGGUGCCCGGACGCAAACGAAAGCGAGCGAGCGAGUAAGAGAGGGAGGGGGAGAGAGAGCGAGCGAGAGACACACACACACAGCGUGAGGUUGUGGUUUAAGCAGACUCUAGCCGUGCAUUUAGGGAAACCCACAAACUCAGCUCCCUGGGAUAAAAGGCUCGAUUCUCACCCAUUUCUUUCAUUCUUUAGAUCCUCAAGAGGGCCCCCUGCUCUUUUUCUUUUCAUUCUUUUAUUUUAUUCCCAUCCUUUCUCAUCCUCCUCCUUUUGCCUGCGGAAGAGCCGGAUUGCUGUGGUCUGCCUGAAACACAUCAAGCCGACAGUGAAGACCGAUGCUGUGAUACUACAGGAGAAACAUACAGGCUCUCUCGUUUGAUGCAGUGAAUUGCUACGUGAGGAAAACGCAAGCAAAGGGGGAUCAUGGGAAAUCUCCUGAAAGUGUUGGCUUGCAGCGAUCUUGAGCAUGGCCCAAUAGUUUUCCUUGACUUUGAACAUGCCCAACCCACAGAGGCAGAGACGGCCGUGUGGAACCAGGUUAGUGCCGUUCUGGAAGAGGCUCAUGGGAUACUGGCGGAGUUACAGUCGUACAAUGGAGCAGGACAGGAAAUAAGAGAGGCGAUUCAGAACCCCAAUGACCUCCAGCUGCAGGAGAAAGCCUGGAACGCAGUCUGCCCCCUGGUGGCCAAGCUGAAGAGAUUCUACGAAUUUUCUCUCAGGCUAGAGAAUGCUCUGCGCAGUCUACUGGAGGCUUUGACCAGCCCGCCGUACCCUCCAAUGCAGCACCUGGAGAGAGAGCAGGCCCUGGCCAAACAGUUCGCAGAGAUCCUUCACUUCACCCUUAGCUUUGAUGAGCUUAAGAUGACAAAUCCAGCCAUACAGAAUGACUUUAGUUACUAUAGGAGGACCAUUAGCAGGAAUCGCUUGAACAACCAGCAGUUAGAGGCAGAGAAUGAAGUGAAUAAUGAAAUGGCCAAUCGGAUGUCCCUCUUCUAUGCUGAAGCCACACCCAUGCUCAAAACCCUGAGCAAUGCCACGACUAAGUUUGUGUCAGAGAACAAGACUUUGCCAAUCGAGGACACCACAGAUUGCCUGAGCACCAUGGCCUGCGUGUGCCGCGUCAUGCUGGAGACUCCGGAGUACAGGUGCCGCUUCACUAACACAGACACAAUGCUGUUCUGCAUGCGUGUGAUGGUGGGCGUCAUCAUCCUUUAUGACCACGUUCAUCCAGUGGGUGCCUUUGCCAAGACCUCCAAGAUUGAUAUGAAGGGCUGCAUCAAGGUGUUGAAAGAGCAGCCUUCAAACAGCGUGGAGGGCCUGUUGAAUGCACUGAGGUACACAACGAGACAUUUAAAUGAUGACAGCACCUCUAAACAAAUAAGGGCCCUGCUUCAAUGAAAGCUGGAGGUGAGGGAGUGGACAACAAAGAAAUGGACUGUCAGAAAACAAAUAAAGGUGGAUGACAAACACGGGUGAACCAACCUCCGAAACAUGUUUGUUUACAAGAGCGCAAUGCAACUUGAUCUCAAAUGAAGUAUAAGAUAUUCUAGAAAAGAGAAAUGAAAAUGAAAAUAAAUAAAUAUAUAUAUAGAUUGUU